ACACACAAGUCUUGCAGUUGUACAAGGUACGAUUUGAAGGAAUUGAACUAAGUCUUCAAGUAUGGAAGAAGAAAAUCUAAAAUCUAACAUGGUCAGCAUUUUGUUGAUUGGAAAAACAGGCCACGGCAAAAGUUCAACAGGGAAUACAAUUUUGCAGGAAAAAAAAUUUCUAACAAAAGGCGGAACUGAAUCAGUUACGAAACACGUCAGCUGUGGGGUCUCUUCAUUUAGAAGAUGUAUUUUUAAAGUCGCCGACUUGCCAGGGUUUGCGGAUACAGAUAUUGGCAAAGUCAUGAGCGAUGGCCAGUUUGUAGAAAUCAUAGAAGAACAGAUGUAUCAAGCCUUUGACCUAUGUUCAUCAGGAUUCGAUGUCUUGAUGUACGUGUUUAGCUCAAGCGUAAGAUGCACCCCUGAAGAAUAUAAAGUUUUUAAAACUGUUAAACAAGUUCUUGGUAGCUGCGCCUUAAAAAAACAUGGUUUGCUUGCAUUAACGUUUUGGGAUGAAGACGACGAUGAAGUGGAAUCAUCAGUAACCACUUGGUGCAUGAAUCAAACUUCAACCCACUUUAAGGAAAUGGUACUGGAAGUUGAAAACAGAAUAGUGUCCUUUGAUAAUAAAUGCAAGCAUUUGGAAACAAAAACGAAACAAUUAACCACUCUGGAAAAUAUGGUAUUACUGAUUAAGAUGAAAAAUAACGAGACUCGGUACACUAAACAAGAUUUUUAUAAUGCCAAGAUGGGACGUCUGCAGUUAACAGUUCCGGAACUAAAACCAAACGCUGAUCGUAUAGUAUCCCAUAUUGUUAAUAAACUUGAGUUAUUGCAAAAAAAUACUACCACUUUACAAGAGUGGUGGGAUUUUAAAAAGAUAGCACACCACGCGGUUAAAGAUAUUACUAGGCUUGAUCAAGGGACGAAUAUACUAGUGGAUAGAAUAAACUCCGUGGAGAGUAUUGUCAAGACAGUUGAGUCCAUCAUACACGAGAAAAAUUUAAAUAACCUCAUGCGAGAAAGACAAAAGAAAAAUAUAGAAAGAGAACGAAAGUUAAAAUACGAACAGCGGGAAACAUAUUUUAAGCUGAUGCGAUUGAGACAAUGGCAAAUGCUAGAAGAAAAUAAUGAAAGAGAACGACAGUUAAAAAUGCAAGAAAGGGAAAUAAGACGACAAAGAGAGAUUAGAAAGUCUGAAGCUAUAGAAGGGAUUGUAGAGGGAGUUGUUAACAUUUGUAUCAAUAUUUUGUCUACUAUUUUAUAAAUGAAGUGUAUACAUUUUAGAACACAGCUGCAAUUCCAAAUAAAUUUUAGCCAUAAUAAGUAUAAUUCUGUAAAAGUAAACGGCAUUUUCAGUAGCCUACUUUUUAAAAAAUCAAGUAUCGCAAAAUUGUACAUUUCAAAAUAAAUAUUUAGUCUAAAUAUUUAAACACAAUUAAUCCAAUAGAAUGUAUAUGAUUAUAGUACAUAAGUUAAAAGCUCUAUCAACAGAUAGUCUACAUACAAUAAAUUGUUUACUUCUCACAUACAUGUUGUUGAGUUAAUUUGACAUUACACAUUGAUCACAUAUGUUGUUAAAUGCAACGCAUAGACUCUAUACGUUUAUUAGCCAUCGUCUGUUUUUUUAACACUUAAAGAAUUUUUAUCUGCUCUGUCAUAUGAUUGGAGUUCACUGACAAUAUUUCCACUUUAGUUCACAGGUAAUUUGCUGAAUCUAUAAUAUUUUUUUUCCAAACAAUAUAAUCACACCCUAAAGGAAAUGGCAGUCUCCGAGAACAACACAUCUGCAUUCUCUUUGCUUCUUGUUGGAAAAACGGGUACUGGAAAAAGCGCCACCGGAAAUUCUAUUGUAAGCAAAAAAGCUUUCGAGGCGUCUAAAAGUAUGAGCUCUGUAACGAAAAAAAUCAAAAUACAGUUCGGUGAGGCCAAUGGAUAUUUUGUUAAAGUCACAGACUCUCCAGGCUUAAUGGACACAGACUUAGAUAAUGAAGAAUGCGUUAAAGAUGCUGUAAAGUCGUUUGACGACGCAAUUAGACAAAAUCCGGAUGGCUACCAUGCAAUUUUGGUUGUUAUAAAUUUAAACAGAUUUACUAAUGAAGAAGUACAAGCAAUAGAUCAGCUAAGACAUAUUUUUGGCUGUGAUUUUAUAAAGAACCAUGGAAUCGUAAUCGUCACGCAUGCAGAUAACUACGACCCCGAAGAGAAUGACAACGCUAGCAUUGAAAAAUGGAUCAGCCAACAGAAAGGAGGUUUUGAAGAUUUGAAAAACGAAUGCUGUGGUCGCGUUGUACCUUUCUGUAAUAAAAGCAACACGGACGUGUCAACUAAACAAAGUCAGCUGGAUAAGCUCAUGGCGUAUGUCACUGAAAUAAACACAACGCACGGUCUUUACAACCAUACGUUAUUUGAAAUGGCGAGAAAAGAAAGAGAAGAACUAUUUCUGAAACAUAAGUUACCGGCCAUGAUGGCUAGAGCUAAUGAAGAUUGUACUAAAUUUAGAACAGAUAUAGACCAAAUUGACCAAGAUCCCAAUAAAGAAGAAGCUAUGAAAAAUUUAGAAGCUCUAAAAUGUGAAAUUUCAAACAAAAUCGACGAAUUAGAUAAAGAGCAAAGUGAAAUUAUAAACGAUGCCAUUGUGAUGUACAAGCUACUAAUGUCUAUAGUUGAUGUCAAACUGGAUCAUCUAAAAACCUCACUCUCGUACGAAAUACAAUUGGAGACUGAAUCAAAGAAAAAUAAAGAAGAAAUAAACGCUGUUCACAGUAAUGAUUUAAAAGUAAAACAAGAAAAGUUAAGAAGGAUGGAAGAACAACUGCAGUUACAAAAUCAGCAACUAGCCAUUCUGCAGAAAAAAAUUGAAUCGUCGAACCAAAAGACUUGGUUAACUGUACUUGAUUCGAUUUUUAAUGCGGCCUCUAGCAUUUCGGGAAUAGUACGGGAAGGUUUUACUUCCUACAAAGAUCAUAGAAUUGGAAGGUACUACAACUCCAGGCAACGACGAAAGUAACAGGAUAAUUAAAACAAACUUUUAAUACAAAAAUAAUCUAUUAACUUCCACUUAUAAAAAAGAAAGAAAGAAACUUGCUUUCUAUAAUAAAAGCAUUGUCGCGAAAAUAAGUGAGAGAUUCUACGAUUGAGCAUUUUUUCCUCUCUAAUUUGUCACAAAUAAAUAUUAUAUUCUUUACUAUUUUACUAUGUGAUUUAAUCUUGAAUAGUUUUUCUUCUUCGUUCUUAUUAAUUGUAAUGUUGGAAGGGAUUUCCUCCAACAUAAUUAAGUAUUACUUGUCAAUUUGUUAUGCGUCAUUUAGGCCGUUGACUCCAAUUUCAGCCUGCUUUUAUUUUUGGAUUUGCUUUUAUUGCCGUUGAACCAAGAAUAAACUACAAGUCAGCUGUUGUUUGAUGUUGGUUUUGUCUCUCCUUAUCUACCCGGGGGUACGAACUCGGGACUUUUCGGUUCAGCAACCGAGAGCUUUACCGACUCGACCACGCCGACCCAUUCUCGUCUUCUUUAUUGCCGAGGUCCAUUUUCACUGCUUGAUUGAUCUAUCGUUUUCAAAGCCAUUGACAUAUUAUAAUUAAACAAUUUGUGAGUUAAUUAAAAUUACGUUGUUGCAAAAAUGAAUAGUGAGUGCAAACUAAAAAACUAAAAUGUUCUUAUCCUUUUUCUAAUGUAAAAAUUUAAUAGCGGAGAAUUUGUAUAGUGUAUUAUCAUGUCUUGAAAUGCAAAAUAUUCCUGUAAUUAUAACAACCAGUGGCGUAGCGAGGUCGGGUAUCACCCGGUGCGGCACUUAAUGGUGUCACCCAUUCCCCCAGAGGCGCAGCGACCCUUCCCGGGGACAAACUUUCAAAUUUCCGAUUUGCACCCCCCCCCACUCAAACUUUUGAUUUGCACCCCCCCUCUCAAAUUUUCGAUUUGCACCACCCCCUCAAGUUUUUCUCUCUAUAUUUUGCUAUUUUUGCCUUGGUGUCACCCCCCUAAAUGGUGUCACCCGGUGCGGUCCGCACCCCCGCCACCCCCCUCGCUACGCCUCUGAUAACAACUAUCCUUUUAUUCUUGUAAUUCUAUCAAGCAUGGUAUUAAUGAUUACAUAUUAUUGGAUAACCUCUUAUAGAAAAAUUAUUGUUGUUUAAUAUAUAAGUUUUAACUGUUUUUGUGUAAUGUAAUUUUAUUUCACAAUUUGAUUUUUUAAAACUUUUUGCUUGUUUGUGUUUAAAUACUUUAUUUUUGAGUAUUUCAGACAUAGCCUGUUUGUUAGUAUUAUAUGCAUUGUAUAUUAAUGUAGAACUUGUAUGUCAUUAUAUUUACUUAAUUACAAACAGUAUCCAAAUUAAUUCACUAAACUCCUUCUAUCAAGAAUAAUAUAAAAAAAAAACUACCCUUCAAAU